UGAUAGCGUCCCAGGCUCUCACAACUUGGUAUGUCCUGCGAUAUCGAACAUGUAAGCAUGUCAAAUCAUUUUCUAGACAGAAUCUGAAUCCCUCCGUUUCUGUUCCUCUCUCUCUCCUUCUCUUUCAACAUGGAAUUUGAAAAGCAUGAAAAAGGAAGCUUAUUAAACGAGAAUUUAGAGGAGAAAUUGACGGUCUCUUCUGGUGACUCUGAAGCCAAACCUCUGAUCUUCACAUUUGUUCCCACUGUCAGAAGACUACCAACCCACUCCCAGUUGACUGACACCUCUAAAUUCCUUGUUAAAAUCCCUGAGGAGCCAAGCGAUAAGACUCCAGAAACUGUAAAUAGGUCUAAUUCCAAUGAGUACUUGACCUUGAAUGCUGGGAGCCAACGGGAGAGAGACGGAGGAACGUUGACUUAUCCUUUAGAGGUGAAGGACAAGAUUUCACAAGGAAAGGGACUGAAAGCAAACGAACCUCAAGGAAUGCAGCAGAGUGACCUCUUCAAAGCUGAGUAUGUCUUCAUUGUGGACUCUGAAGGAGAGGACGAAGCUCCAAGCAGACAGGGUGAACAGGGCCCCCCAGCGGGGGUGGACACCACAGCUGCUCGGCCCCGGUCUCUGGCCCUCUCCUCCAGUCUGGCCUCUGACGUGGUGCGCCCCAAAACCCGGGGGGCCGACCUCCAGGCCCCACCACAUCCUGACAUGCCCCAUGGAGUGGCUCCUCAGCAAAAACAUGGGCAGUUAACUUCUCCUCCCAUUGCCUCUGAGCAGCUUGCCUGUAAACCACCUGCUUUCUCCUUUGUUUCUCCAACUAAUCAGAAACCGCCACCUGACCCAGUCGACCUCGCCGGAGCCUCUGUCCUGGAGGAGUUCCACACGAGGAGGCUGGAUGUCGGUGGGGCCCUGGUGGAGGAAACGGCUACGUACUUCCAAACCUCCGCUCACUCUGCACCCUUUUUUGCAUCGGAGGGCACGUCCUCGACGCCGCGGUUUCCCCAUCCCGCUCAGUUACCAGGUUCUCAUUUAUCCAGUGCAAGGGCAGCCCAUCCGAAACCUGGACUGACAUCCGAAGGCCUCGAGAAGACGACGGCGACGGUCACCUCGCACGUCCGUAGUCCCAGAGGGAGUCCGAGAACCUCCUCUCCUCCGCCGCCCUCGGGUGCUUCUCCGAAGCCGAAUUCAGCCUCGUACAUCCCCGUGCGCAUUGUCACGCGUUCACUCUGUCCGAGCCCCAGACCCUUCCCCCUCCCUUCCCACGGCUCUUCCUCCGCCGUCUGCAGCCGCGUGUCAUCGAGCGGGAGCCUCUCCAAGUCAGGGGUGAAGUCCCCGCUGCCCUCCCGGCUUUCCCUCCUCACCGCCAUCCUCAAGUCCAACCCUUCUCACCAGAGACCCCUCUCCCCGGCCUCCUGUCCCACUUUCGCUCUCAACUCCUUGGCUUCUUCCACACUCACACUCGAUCAGAAAGUAAAACAGACUCCAUCCACGCCGAAAAAAUCUCUCUCGAGUUGCUCCCUAAGAGCCAGGUCUCCAGAGCAACAGGAGAACCGGGUUCCUGAACUCAGCCAACACUUGGCCUUUUCCACCAAAGCAGCUCGCCUCCCACGGGCGCCCUCCCUCUCUCCCACAAGGCACGGCAGUGGCAACCUUGUUUCUCUGAAUGUUGAGAAAGCGCCGUCGCCCACUUCUUUGAAGGGCGGUCCGAUGUGUUCCCCGCUGCAGACCGGCCCCUCCAGUCCUGCAGGUCUGCCUCCCGUUCCACCAAGCCUCCCUCCUCUGUCUUCCAAGGGCAGACAGGAUGCUGACCUCAGGGGCCCACAUCCUUCUCCGUCACCCUCCUCUGCAUCGUCUUCUGUAUCCCCUCCCACUAACCAGAGAGCCAGGCUCUCCUCUCCAGAGAAAUGCUACCAUCCUUCCCCCGCUCUUUCAGACCUGAUAAACAGAUCCCAGAGGCCCUCAGCACAGCCGUCUGGCCAGGGGCACCCUCCUCCAGCCCCUCCUCCAGCCCCCGUGUCCAGCGCUGGCGCGGCUGCGUCUCUUCCCCACCUGGGGUCCAGUGCUAGUCAGCCCACGCAGGCGCGCCGGCUCAGCCCCUCAGCGCAGCACCCAACUCUUACCUUGCCUUCAAGACUUGGGAAAUCUGAAAGCUCAAUCUCUGACCACAGGUCAUCUGUUUCAACCCCAUCACCUCCCAUCUCUCUAACAAGAACCAAGGAGCUGAUUUCACCUUGUGCAAUGUCCAUGUCGACAGGCCCUGAAAAUAAGAAACCCAAGCAAUACAAGACCAAGUCCAGCUACAAGGCUUUCGCAGCAAUCCCUACAAACACACUGCUUUUGGAACAGAAGGCACUAGAUGAACCGGCCAAGACUGAGAGCAUCCCCAGGGACCGCACAUUAGACCCACCACUGGAGUUGUGUUCCCCUGCACAGCUCAGGCAGCAAACUGAAGAGCUCUGUGCUACCAUUGAUAAGGUCUUACAGGAUUCCUUGUCUAUGCAUUCUUCUGAUUCGCCUUCAAGUUCCCUACAGACAUGGUUGGGUUCUGACACAAUCAAAAUGCCUACAACUCUUCCAAGAGCAGCUGGUCGAGAAACCAAAUAUGCAAACCUCUCCUCACCAUCUUCUACAGUAUCUGAGAGUCAGCUGACUAAGCCUGGAGUAAUUCGCCCUGUACCUGUGAAAUCCAAAAUCCUGCUGACACAAGAGGAGGAGGUCUACGAACCCAACCCUUUCAGUAAAUACCUGGAAGACAACAGUGACUUCUUUUCUGAGCAGGAUGCGCCAGUCCCUCCCAAGCCUGUUUCUCUCCAUCCUUUAUAUCAGACUAGACUCCGUCCUCCCGCUAAGUCCCUGCUGCAUCCACAGACCCUCCCACACGCUGAUUGUCUUACCCCGGGACCCUUCAGUCACGUGUCCUCCUUCUCCCUGAGUGAUGGACAGGAGAAUUCUCACACCCUGUUUAGUCACAACGUAUACAAUAAGCUGAGUCAUCCGAUGGUGGCUAUUCCUGAACACGAAACUCUUGACUCCAAAGAGAUGAGGAAAGUGGGGGGAAAUCGGUAUAUUGCCUACAGUCAAAGAGCUGACCAGUGUCUGCACAAUCAGGAACAGAAUCCAGAUAUCACUGCCUGGAGCCUGAGCGCUUAACCAGUCUACUGUCCUCCAUCACUUUCUUCAUCUAAAACUCUAUGCCGUUUAAAUCUUUUCCCCUUUGAAAAUCAUGUUUUCAAAUAUUUGCAAUUUAAAAGGGAAAAUGAUGUUUCGUUUUCAUUUAUGUUAAAAAUUUCUGUCUUUUUCUGUUAUUUUCAUCUAUUUUGCUUUUGCAUCGUAUUACACAUUUAUGUACUGAUUUGGCAAUAUUUUUACUAUUGAGUUGUAAACUCCCUUUAUAUACUAAGGAGAUGAACUGUUUGUCAAGUGUGGCAAAUUGUGUAAUAGUAAAAAAAAAUUGGACAAAUAUAAAUGUCCUAAAAUAGGAGAAUGUUUGAAUACAUUUUGCUGAUUUCAGAUGAAUGUUAAAAAAUAGCCAAAUAUUCCCUUUCAAAAAUAAGAAUUUUGGCUCAAGUUUACAGUGGCUCUAGAUACAAAUGAGAAUGUUUCUAGACAAUCAGAGAAAAUCAAUUGGUUAUUUAAAUAACAGAAGCGUUUGGUUCAGAUAAUGACUGCUGAAUGAAGAAAUUCUGAAUGUUGAGUAAUGUGAAAGGCUCUGUUGCUGAGAAGAAAGAGCAGGGUAGAUGCAAUAGUGUAGAAUCUGCAUUUUUUUUUUUUACCAGUUAUGCACAACCGUAGCAACAAAACUUAAAAUUAAGCUAGUGGAUAAGAUUGCCAAAAAAUAAUUUCAACUCUCAUGUUUAGAAUAUACAAAAAGAAAAACAAAACAAAACCAAAAAAACCAUCAUAAAAUAACCCCAAACUUUGAAGUUUAACAAUGGUGAGAGAGAGUUAUUGUUAGUAUUAAAAGAAACAAAAUUAAGCAGACUACCAUUUUAUGCAUCUAAUAUGCUGUCUUUUACUUCUUUAUAACACUGGCACAUUUGGGAGCCGUUUAACACCUUUUUUUACAAUUCCUUAUGCCAUGUGGUCAGACUGUAAUAUUUACCCGAGUAUUUUUCCCAAACCCUCUCUUUGUUACUUAUUUACCUGCAAAGCACCGACCAAGAAAACGACUUCUUUUGCUUUAUGCAUUUCUGGUCUUAUGAGUAUAGGACCUAAGAAGUAAAAUGUGCUAGUGACCAACCCAGUGUGAAUAAACAAUCAUGGAGAACCUUGAUUGGAUCUCAGAAUUUCUGCCUAGCUGUUCUCUCCUUUUCUAAUUUUUUUGGGGGGUGUAGGAGUGGAGAGAUAAUUAGGUUUAUUUAUUUUUAGAGGAGGUACUGGGGAUUGAACCUGUGACCCUAUUCGUGCUAAACAUGCGCUCUACCACUUGAGCUAUACCCUCCCCACCUUCAUUUCCUACAUGAUAGCAGUUUGCCUUUCUCGCAACCAUACUCCUGUUUCCUGCAUACGCUCCGUGCUAUUCGUAGACACU